GGAGCGCGAGCUUGUCACUGCAUUUGACGGUGAAACAUGAACCAAGCUCGGCGAGCCGAAUUCAUACCCCUGACUUAUCCACUCCGACGUUAGCACUUUUUUGCAUCUCGAUUGCUGAGUUUAAUUUAUAUUUUUUAAAAAAAUAAUAAUACAAUUAAGUUCCUCGAAAACGCUGCUUUCUUCCGUCUUGUACGAGACACCUCUCCGUACCUGAGAGUCUGUCAGUCAGAUCUUCAGCGCUGGAUCAUUCGUGUGACAAGAUGUGCGUGGAAAGCGACGGAUGCGAGCUGGAAGGCUGCAGCGGCGCGGCGGCGGAGGUGCGCACGCUCUCGGGCAGCAUGAGCGCCGCGCUGAAGGCAAAUCCGGAGCUGCGCGCGUGCAAACCGGGCCAGAAAUUCCGCGCCGCGCUGAUGCGGUGCCGCACUCCCGCAACCGCCGCCGGGAUCCUCAGCUUCGGCAACGUGCUCAAUUACAUGGACAGAUACACGGUGGCCGGCGUGCUGCACGACAUUCAGAAUCACUUUAAAGUAAAUGAUAGCGGAGCUGGCUUGCUACAAACAGUUUUCAUCUGCAGUUUCAUGGUGGCGGCACCCAUCUUCGGUUACCUUGGUGACCGAUUUAACAGGAAGGUCAUUCUGAGCUGCGGCAUCUUCUUCUGGUCGGCUGUAACACUACUGAGCUCCUUUAUCACCAAAGAUUACUAUUGGGCGUUUGUCCUGUCCAGAGGCCUGGUAGGCAUCGGAGAGUCCAGCUACUCCUCCAUCUCUCCCACCAUCAUCGGAGAUUUGUUCACCAACAACAAGAGGACCAUUAUGCUCUCUGUCUUCUACCUGGCCAUCCCAUUAGGAAGUGGUCUUGGCUACAUCCUGGGAUCCAGUGCCAAAGACCUGGCGCAGGACUGGCACUGGGCUCUGAGGGUGUCUCCAGUGUUAGGAAUGACUGCUGGAGUUCUCAUCCUUCUGUUCAUUCCUGAACCCAAAAGGGGAAUCGUAGAACCUUCAACCAGCGCCGUGAGGACACGCACCUCAUGGGUCUGCGACAUGAAGGCUCUGCUUAAAAACCGAAGUUACAUGUUCUCAUCUCUUGGCUCGGCUGCCGUAUCGUUUGCAACGGGGGCCUUUGGGAUUUGGAUCCCUCAGUAUCUGGUCAGAGCUCAGAUGGUUCAGGAGACUAAAGUGAGCAAAGACAGUCUGAUCUUCGGGGUCAUCACGUGUGUCACUGGUUUACUCGGUGUCUUGAUUGGUGCUGCAACAACACGCUUCUGCCGACAAAAGACAGAGCGCGCCGACCCCCUGGUGUGUGCCGUCAGCAUGCUCGGCUCGGCGAUCUUCAUCUGCCUCAUCUUUGUUGUGGCUAAGAAGAGCAUCAUAGGAGCAUACGUCUGCAUCUUCAUAGGAGAGACUCUACUCUUCUUGAACUGGGCCAUAACAGCAGACAUUUUAAUGUAUGUUGUCAUACCAACCAGAAGAGCCACUGCAGUUGCCUUUCAGGGCUUUACUUCCCAUUUACUAGGAGAUGCAGGGAGUCCAUAUCUCAUUGGCUUGAUAUCAGAUGCUCUGCAGGAGAGCUACACAACGUCGGUGCUCUGGCACUUCCUGAGCUUAGGCUACGCCCUCAUGCUCUGCCCCUUCGUUAUUGUUCUUGGGGGGAUGUUCUUCCUAGCCACUGCCCUCUUCUUCCUUGACGACCGGGAAAAAGCAGAGAAACUGACGAAGCAGCUCUCCCGAUCGCCGUCUGCAGUAAAGGUCACCAAGUGAGAGAAGGUCUGGAGUGGGAGGAUUGAGAGUGAGCCGAGGAGUGGGUGAGAUGAACAGAAGGGAGGUGGAGAGAAAGAGAAAAGAACAAGUAGCUAACCCACUCGAGAAAUAUGCUGCACAUCACUAUCAUCACCAUCGUCAGUCAUCAUCUUCACCCUUGUCUGUUGAACCUUGAUUUGCUGUAGAAGCACCGUCAUGUCCCUCCAACGGACUGAAGCAAUGCUGGCAAGUCCUCCGUCCUGCAGCUGGUGGGCAGCUCUCAACUCAACACGUAAAGGCCAGUAGGGAUUACAGAAGGGUUGAACGAGGGGCUUAAUAAUCCCCUGAGUGCCAUACUACUGAACCCGGACAAGCACUCUGUCUUGUCACGCUGCCUGUCAAUCUGCACCAAGUGCCAUAGCAUCACAUUCCCAGAACUGACCACGCCCCCACAGCCUAAACAGAGCUCACCGAUUGGUCAUGUAAAUAUAGAAAUGAAGGAAACGGUGAUCUCACAGUCAUCUACUGGAAAUGGCUGUAUGGCUUAGCUUGCCUUAAUAACGUCGGCAUGGACAGAUCCCUGGUCAUCUUCUUUAUGUCUGUUUCUUCUUUUUCUUACAUAUUUUCUGUCUUAGCACUUACUUAUUUACUCACUUUAAUGCCGUGCCAGUCAAACAAUGCAAUUUUUGGCAGACUACAUAAUCACCUAGAAUAUAUUUGCGCUAUAAUUUUCAUACGUUUAUGAAUAGUAAACCCGAGACGUUUCAUAGAGUUCGGGUUUAAAAAAAAAAAAAAAAAAAAAAAAAAAAAGAUGUAAAAUGUAGAGAAACACUGGAGGGAAAAUAAGAUCUGUCUAUUAGAGCUUUUAGAAAUCAGUUAACUUUUGACAGAUUUUCUACCAUCCACACCUCAUAUAAAAUGCCAAGGAUGUGAACAAAAACAACAAAAAGGGAACAUUAACUAGGGAAACGUCUUUAGUGCAUUGUGAUGAGGAUUUUCUUUAAGGGAUUCUUUCAAGGUGUCACCUCACUCCAUGAAAAAAGAGGCAGAGGAUAAAAUUUACAAGCUCCGAUGUGUGACAAUAGUCGUCUUUGUUCCAAUAUUCGUUCAGUAGAUAUCCCUUUCUAUGAGAAAUGUGAGAGAGAAAGAGCUUGACUAGUGAUCUGUCUAACUUCAUCACAAGUCAAACAGCUACUGAGAUCCAUCCGAGGGGGAAAAAAGUUUCUUUCUUUCAAGAGAAUUUGCAUUAUUUACACUUAGGGAAAAAAGGUGUCAACCACUUCAUGCCGUUAUGAAAGAAAUUGUAAGUUCGGUAACAAUUAUUAUGAACAGGUCGAAGUUUAGGACAAUUUUUUUUAACAGGGUGACUCUUGUAGCUGAAAUAUACAAUAUAAACGUUUCAUAGAUAAAAAGAUUUUUCAAAAAUGUUUUAAAAUGCUACCAAGUAGACAUGAGUAAUUAAGUAUUUGUAUAAAUUAGGAGAAGCACUUUUGCUUUUAAAAGACGUACUGGAUAAAUAACUAAACUCCCCAAAGAGUUUUUUUUAUUGUGAAAAUAUAUAUUAUCGCUGUUUCUCAAUUGAUUUGUAAAUACAGUUUGUUGUAAAAUAUGCAAUUUCCUAAAAUCCUCUUAAUCUUUCCUGAAAUGGAAAAGCUUUGAUAAGAGCAAUGAUUUCUAUAUUUUCACACUGGGUUGAGUUGCAGUUUUAAUGAUAAUUUUUUUAAUUUUAGCGCAUCAAUGACAAAAAAAAACCUUUCACCAAAUGGAGAUGAUCGGGCUUUGAAGCUGUUGUAUGGUGUAGACGUACAAAAAAAAGAAAGGAAAAAAAAGGGAAGUGAGCAAAGGUUCUGCCUUUUUUCACAUUGAAAAAAAGCACCUUGCAUAUAGAUUGUAGGUUUAAAAAAAAACAAAACGUUGUAUUGAGAAGGUCUGACUCAUCACUGGGACUGCAGGACACCAUGUUUUAUUAUUUCUCAGAGCUUUCAUCAUGCCAGGUGAAAAGCUAUCUGAAUGUGAUUCUGUCCAAUCCGAUCUGUUUACACAUGCAAAUUCAUUCUUAUUAAGCUUUUUUGUAUUCUUCUUUUAAUGACGUCUCCUUUUUUUCUUCCCAGUUCUUUUUACAAAUAUUAGUUUUAUAUAUGGUAAAGCUAUAAAAAUGGACAAUUAUGCAGUGAUUUUAAUAUAUUGUAAACUAGCUUUGAUGCAAUGUAUUUAUUUUUCAUUUAUGUAUUAGCAUUUUUAAGAAAUCUCUACAAGUGUAAUAGAAAAGCUUCGGGCUAUUAUGAUUUUUACUCUGUAUUUGUCCUUGUUUGUGAAAAAGAAAAAGCCUGGUUAGUUUAUCAUCUCAAGGAACUGUGUUUAUUCAUAUUCAUGCACACACACACACACACACACACACACACAUACAAACCAGCUUAUGCACACAUACCAAACGACAGCACAGCAUUACUUUAUAAUACACAGAAGUUCUCCUAGACCAAUCAAAUGUCACUUUUUAUUUACGCAUUUUGCACAUUUGGGUGUGUUCAGGGUCCCCCCCCCAGUUCAAUAGUUAUACACUGGCGUUAUGUGCUAUACAUAGGGACUGUACCUAUUUAGCCACAUACAAACUACAUGUAUAUUUAAUUUUCUUUCUUCCUUAGUUUAUUAGAUUUACUGGCUUUAGAUUCACAGUACCAAAAUCAAAUCACCAUCAUCGACAUACAAAAGCUGUUGUUGUUUUUUUUCUUUAAAGAUUGCUUUAAACAAAGAGUCAUGGAGUUGAUGGUGUAUAAUGAGAAUGUGUUCUUUCUUGUCAUACAAGAGCCGUGUAAAAAAAUGUGUUUCUGAUGUCGAGCAGAAACUUAAAGGGAAUUUUAUUUUUUAAGAGCAAGCGUGGUGGAACAAAAAAAAAGGCCAAUAAAACACAAUUAUUACUACAUAGUUACUGUGAUGCUCCAGCUGGAGUGAUAUGAGAUGUAAACAUAUAUGUAAGUGAUGAAAAUAAAAUUAUUUAAUCAAA